UCCCGGCCCCGCUCUCCAGCCGUUCCCGCCGCCGCCAUCAUGUCUGCGGGCUUCUCCUUCGGAGCGGGGACGCUGGGCUCCGCUGCGGCCGCCGCCGCCGGGGCGGGAGGAGGCGGCGGCGGCGGUUUCUCCUUCGGAGCCGCCACGCCGAGCUCAACAGGAGGACUUAAUUUUGGAACUCUGGGAUCUUCUACUGCUACAGCAACUACAUCAGCUCCUUCGGUGGGCUUUGGGAGUGGACUUUUUGGAUCAAAAUCAACCACUGGCUUUACACUGGGAGGUACCAGUACAGCAGGAACAGCAACAACAAUUGCUACAGGAUUAACACUAGGCACUCCCGCUACUACAUCAGCAGCUACCACAGGCUUUAGUUUAGGCUUCAACAAGCCUGCAGGUUCAGCUACACCAUUUGCUUUACCUAUUACUUCUACCUCAGCAGGCGGCCUCUCGUUAUCAUCUGCUCUUACAUCGACUCCUGCAGCAGGUACUACUGGUUUUACACUAAAUUUGGGUGGUACAGCUGCUCCAACCACAACUGCCUCCACAGGCCUUUCCUUAGGGGGAGCAUUAGCUGGUUUAGGAGGUUCACUUUUCCAGAAUACAAGCACAGCAGCAACAGGACUUGGGCAGAGUGCUUUGAGUUUGACUCUGGGGACGACUGCAGCUCCUUCAACUACUGUUAAUGAAGGUCUUGGUGGCAUUGAUUUUAGUAGCUCUUCAGACAAAAAGAAUGACAAAACAGGCACACGACCAGAAGAUAGUAAAGCACUCAAGGAUGAAAAUCUACCUCCAGUAAUCUGUCAAGAUGUAGAAAAUCUACAGAAAUUUGUGAAAGAACAAAAACAAGUCCAGGAAGAAAUUAGUAGAAUGUCCUCUAAAGCAAUGCUUAAAGUACAGGAAGAUAUUAAAGCUUUGAAACAACUUCUGUCUGUAGUUGCCAGUGGAUUACAGAGAAAUACCCUUAAUAUUGACAAGCUGAAAAUGGAAACUGCACAGGAGCUAAAAAAUGCAGAAAUAGCGCUAAGAACACAGAAAACUCCUCCAGGUCUUCAGCAUGAAAAUACAGCUCCAGCGGACUACUUCAGAAUCUUGGUUGAACAGUUUGAAGUACAACUGCAACAGUACAGGCAACAAAUAGAAGAACUGGAAAAUCAUCUUGCUACUCAAGCAAACAAUUCACACAUAACUCCACAAGAUUUGUCUAUGGCUAUGCAGAAGAUCUAUCAAACAUUUGUAGCUUUAGCUGCACAACUUCAAUCAAUACAUGAAAAUGUAAAGAUGCUCAAAGACCAAUACCUUGGCUACAGGAAAACCUUUCUGGGAGAUGCCAUGGAUGUGUUUGAGGCAAGACGAGCAGAAGCGAAGAAGUGGCAGAGUGCGCCACGUGCUACCAGUGGACCGAUCCCUUUCAGCAGCAUACCAAAUGCAGCAGCUGUUGCGAUGGCUGCAACACUUACUCAGCAGCAGCAGCCUGCUACAGGGCCACAGCCAUCUCUGGGAGUUAGUUUUGGAACGCCUUUCGGCUCAGGUAUUGGCACUGGCUUGCAAUCAAGUGGCUUAGGUUCUUCAAACCUUGGAGGAUUUGGAAGUAGCUCUGCCUUUGGAAGUAGUGCCACAGGUGCAUUGUCGUUUGGAUUUGGAACUACAAGUAAACCAUCAGGAAGUCUGAGUGCAGGCUUUGGCAGCUCAACUACAUCCGGGUUUAACUUCAGCAAUCCUGGCAUCACAGCAUCGGCUGGCCUGACGUUUGGGGUUUCUAAUCCUGCAUCUGCAGGCUUUGGGACAGGAGGGCAACUUCUUCAGCUGAAGAAACCCCCAGCUGGAAACAAGAGAGGGAAAAGAUAGGCACCCUUGUAGGGAGAGAGAAGUGAAUCAACUUUGUUCAUCUGUAAAGUCUAUUUUUCUAGAUUUGAUGCAUUAAUUAAAUUGCAUCCCAUGAGAUUUAUAUAUAUAUAAAAAAAAUUUUGCUACUUUUCCCUAGUCUGAAAUAUGAAACGUAAUCCUAUUGAACAGCUAUUUUCCUGUGAAUAGAUACCCAUUUAUGUAUUUUUAUUUUUGGCCCUAGUUUUAGAAGUGUUCUA